GUUCAUUCAUACGAUUGCAUUCAAUCACUACUAUUCACAUAACUAUUCACUUGUAGUCCACAUAUACUAUAACUAUAGAUAACACAUAUUCUGUGAUAUAACUUAUAAUAAGUUAUAUCGCAAUACAUAUAAUACAAAAGUGAUUGCUUUGAGAGUUGUGUGCAUUUGUCGCAGACGUCCAGCGCUUAGUCUUCGUUCAGCGGAUCCAUUGAAACGACGUUUCGGUAUGUCUUCAGUAGGAAGUGAUAGUCGGGUUCGAGCGUUGUUUCGCGGAUCAGAUGCCGUGUGUUUUGAUGUGGACUCCACUGUGUGUAGGGAUGAGGCCAUCGAUGAGAUCGCGAAGUUUGCCGGCAAAGAGAAGGAAGUGAUGGAAAUGACCCGAAGAGCGAUGAGAGGGAGUUGUAGUUUUCGGGAGGCUUUGGCGCAACGCCUGGAUCUCAUUCAACCCAAUGUCCAAAUGCUUAAGGAUUACGUGCGGACACAUCCGCCCAGACUUACGCCCGGAAUU